AUCUCCUUCACAUCAAGAACCUGCAUUGCUAAAACACAGUGUGAGAUAGAAGAAAGACUUUUUCAGAAGCUUUUUACCCAUUACAACCAUUUCAUACGACCAGUCGAAAAUGUAUCUGAUCCUGUUACCGUGCAUUUUGAGGUGGCAAUAACUCAGCUUGUUAAUGUGGAUGAAGUUAAUCAAAUCUUGGAAACAAACCUAUGGCUUCGUCAUAUAUGGAAUGAUUACAAACUUAAGUGGGAUCCCAAGGAAUUUGACGGUAUAGAAUUUAUGCGUGUCCCACCAGACAAGAUCUGGAAGCCUGAUAUUGUCUUAUACAACAAUGCUGUUGGAGACUUUCAAGUAAAAGGAAAGACAAAAGCAUUGCUGAAAUACAAUGGCUUGAUCACAUGGGCACCUCCAGCUAUUUUUAAGAGUUCAUGUCCAAUGGAUAUAACAUUUUUCCCAUUUGACCAUCAAAACUGCUCAAUGAAAUUUGGAUCCUGGUCAUAUGACAAAGCUAAAAUUGAUCUUGCUAUCAUUGGAUCAAAAGUUGACAUGAAGGAUUUUUGGGAGAACAGUGAAUGGGAAAUUGUUGAUGCCUCUGGUUACAAACAUGACAUUAAGUAUAACUGUUGUGAAGAGAUCUACACAGACAUUACCUAUUCAUUUUAUAUUAGACGGCUGCCUAUGUUUUACACUAUUAAUUUGAUAAUGCCAUGUUUGUUUCUUUCAUUUUUAACAGUCUUGGUUUUCUACCUUCCUUCAGAUUGUGGAGAAAAGGUCACACUUUGCAUUUCUGUUUUGCUCUCCUUGACUGUGUUUUUGCUAGUUAUCACCGAGACAAUCCCUUCAACAUCUCUUGUCAUUCCACUUGUUGGAGAAUAUCUUCUGUUUACCAUGAUCUUUGUGACCUUGUCAAUCGUAGUGACAGUAUUUGUACUAAACAUUCACUACAGAAAACCAACAACACACAAAAUGCCCGGGUGGGUAAAAGAUGUAUUUUUAAAAUGUUUACCAAAAUUAUUAAUGAUGAGAAAAACUGUAGAAAAGAAAGCCAGGGCUUGCUCGAAAAGAACCAAAAAGAGAGACGGCACUAAACCUGGGAAAUUAAUGAACUCACAAUGUCGAGAUGUUGAAUUGUUUGAAGAAGAAACUUGUUACCACUGCAUGAAAUCAAACGAGCUGAGUACAAGAAACAGAAGAAGACAACAACAGGAAUCUUGUGAAGCUCUAUCUGCACUUCAAGAAUCUUCACCCCAGUUAAAGGAAGUUGUUGACAGCAUUCAGUUCAUGGCAGAAAACAUCAAAGAACAUAAUGAAAGGAAAGAGGAAGAAGAUGAUUGGAAGUAUGUGGCUAUGGUUAUUGACAGGGUUUUUCUUUGGGUCUUCAUAAUCCUGUGUGUUUUAGGAACAACGGGCUUAUUCUUGCAGCCUAUGAUUGAUGGGAACAAAACUUAA